CUUGCAGGUUUUGUUUACUGGCGGAGGAGAGGCAGAGAAGAGGAUUUAACAAUCUACCUCUCAUGUGGGAGACUAAAAUAUAAGUUUUCGACUUUAUUUUUUGCUGUUGUCGUUGUGCAAUAACCAUGUGGUCAUUUUGAAGGGAGAUAUCCCUCAUGUAAAAUCACCGAAACGCGCUUUAUUGUGACGAAAUAGUGCGAACAACUUGACUAACGGCGAAGUCUGACAGUCAAUGUUGUCUUGCGUGGAAGUCUCGUUAAUGUCAGUAUUGACGGAAUCGAGUUUGCGGUUUAAUUAUUUAUUCUCUCCAUACAAGGUUCAGAUGAGUUUAAGUAAACUACCUAGUAAUCGCAAUAGUUUUGCGUUUAUUGGGGUAUUUUUGUGAACGACACCAGCGGAUGAGCGUGAAACGCAGUGACCCGUGGAUUUGGUUGAGUACGCCACGCGUGCCAUGAACCUGAAGUUGUCAUAAGGGAAGCUACAGAAUGCGGGACUGCGACACGAGAGACAUUGCUGCACGUCACUAGCUGUGGUUUUUUUGUUCUUUCAAUGCAAGGGAAUAAGCAAUUUCCGAAGUAGAUACACGGCGCCAUAGCGAGUGUUACCGAAAGCGUAAUUCAAUUGCGAGUUGGUUUCAAAUCGCACUACCUUGCGUUGUGGCCUGCUGCACAGCCAGCUAACAUUAGCUAGCAGCUAGCUACUCCCCUUGGCCUGUUCAGACUUUCGAGACUGCGGAUUGAAUCAAGAACAAUUGAAAAGACUCAAUGCCAUGCAAGUUAUUGGCAAGUGAGACUUUAGCUUCGUUUGUCCACAAUGAAUCACACUGUUGCAUUUGUUUGUGGCGAUUUUGAAUAUCCACCAGAUCUGUACAGAUAACUAGCGGUGGCUAACCAGGUAGCCAGUGAACGAACACGUUGGACUCCAACUUCCCUCCGCCCAUUUUUCCGGAAUGCGUGUUUUUAUUUUUGUUUACCUGUGGGUUCUCGUGGCUUAGCGAACAAACCAAUUGACAGCUACCAUCUGCCAGCUAGUUUUAACCGAGUUGACACGGAUUCUAACCCAGUUGCUCUCGACUGUGUCAUCGGUCGGAUAUUGAUUUAAGGAAAUAUGUGUCCGCGGACUUUCCUUGUGGUUUUUGUGACUGCUGUCUACGUAUGGAAUUGUCAGCAAACGAAUGGAGAAAAUACAGAAAUCUCCCCUGGAAUCUGCUCCAGUAAGGACAUCCGGAACAACGUGACCAACCUGCGCUCCCUGGAGAACUGCACAGUGAUCGAGGGCCACCUGAAAAUCAUCCUCAUGUUCAAGACCAAGCCCGAGGACUUCAGGGGCCUAAGUUACCCUAAACUGACCGUGGUCACAGACUUCCUCCUCCUGUUCAGGGUCUACGGCAUGGAGAGCCUCAAAGACCUCUUCCCUAAUCUCACUGUGAUCCGAGGUAACAACCUAUUCUUCAACUAUGCUCUGGUCUUCUUUGAAAUGCUGCAGCUCAGGGAUAUCGGCCUCCAUAGCCUGAUGAAUAUCACUAGAGGAGCGGUGAGAAUCGAGAAGAACCCAGACCUCUGCUACCUCUCCACCCUGGACUGGUCCAAGAUCCUGGACACGGUGGAGGACAACUACAUCGUGGCCAAUAAGAAUGACCGGGAGUGCGGGGACGUGUGUCCUGGGGCGGCCAAGGGGAAGACCACCUGUCAGCAGACCACCAUCAACGGCCUCUUCAACGAACGCUGCUGGACGCACAAGCACUGCCAGAGAAUGUGCCCCCCCAGCUGUAAGCACCGGGCCUGUACCAAGGACAACCAGUGUUGCCAUGAGUCAUGUCUGGGGGGCUGCUCUGCGCCCCAGAACAGCAGCAGCUGUGUAGCCUGCAAGAACCUCCAGCACCAGGAGGCCUGUGUGGACCGCUGUCCCCGGGGAUACUACACCUACAGGGGCUGGCGCUGCGUCCCCUUCUCCUUCUGCCAGGACCUCCACAACAAGUGUAAGCAGAGCAAGAGCAGCGACUGCCAUGAGUACGUUAUCCACAAUGGAGCCUGUAUACCUGAGUGCCCCUCCGGAUAUACUACUGUCAAUUCCACCACGUUAAUCUGUGCUCCAUGUGCUGGGCUGUGUCCUAAGGUGUGUAUGGGCCAGAAGAUGGUGGACUCUGUGACAGCAGCACAGGCUCUGAGAGGAUGCACCGUGCUCAACGGCAGCAUGGAAAUCAACCUCAGAGGAGGAAAUAACAUAGCAGCAGAGCUGGAGGCUAACCUUGGUCAGUUGGAGGAAAUAACAGGGUAUCUGACUGUCCGGCGCUCCUACGCCCUCGUCUCUCUCUCCUUCCUCCGCAAACUACAGGUCAUCAGAGGGGACACGCUGAUAGACGGGGGCUACUCGUUCUACGCGUUAGACAACCAGAACCUGCGUCAGCUGUGGGACUGGAACAAACACAACCUGACCAUCCUCCAGGGGCGCAUGUUCUUUCAACUCAACAUUAAGCUCUGCAUGUCAGAGAUCCGCAAGAUGGAGGAGGUGACGGGCACCAAAGACAGACAGCACAAGAACGACAUCGUAUCCAAGACCAAUGGAGACCAGGCCUCCUGUGAGAACCAGGAGUUACGGUUCACUCAGGUGCGUGCCACACACGAUAAGAUCGUGAUCAGGUGGGAACCGUUCUGGCCUCCUGACUUCAGAGACCUGCUGGGCUUCAUGCUCUUCUACAAGGAAGCGCCCUACCGCAACGUGACAGAGUUUGACGGACAGGACGCGUGUGGUUCUAACUGGGUAAUAGUUGACCUGGAUCCUCCAGCCCGGGCUACAGAGGGAAACCCACAGGUGGAGCCAGGUACCCUGAUCUUGUCUUUGAAGCCCUGGACGCAGUACGCCAUCAUGGUCAAGACCCAGCUCUCUGCCUCUGAUGAACACCAGGUCCUCGGGGCCAAGAGCAAGAUCAUCUACGUCAGGACCAACGCCACCAAACCGUCCGUGCCCCUGGACCCCAUCUCAUCAUCUAACUCGUCCUCUCAGAUCAUCCUGAAGUGGAAGCCCCCAACGGACCCCAACGGGAACAUCACUCACUACCUGGUGUACUGUCAGCAGCAGUCUGAGGCCAGCGAGCUCUACAAGUUUGACUACUGUCAGAAAGGUAUGAAGCUGCCGUCGCGGGUGCCCACCCAAGUGGACAGUGAUGAGGAGGCCAAGUGGAACCAGACUGAGGACGAGGGGCAGGGUGGCCGCUGCUGUGCCUGUCCCAAAACAGACAAACAGCUGAAGAAGGAGGCCGAGGACUCAGAGUACCGUAAGACCUUCGAGAACUACAUCCACAACGAGGUCUUCGAGCCCAAACCAAGACAGCGCCGCUCCACCAUGGGCGUAGCCAAUCAGACGCAGCCGUCAUUCGCCACGAUGCCCACCACCCUGUCCGAAGGUUUCAUCACCCGCGGCCCAGACAGUGACGAUGGAAAGGGUGUGGAGAGCACUAAAAUCCAGCUGACAGUGUUUGCCAAGGAGUCUACGGUCAUCUCCGGCCUCCGACACUUUACCUCGUACCAGAUCGAUGUGCUGGCCUGCAACCACCCCACAGACCCCUCACGCUGCAGUAUGGCAGCCUUCGUCUCAGCUCGCACCAUGCCUGAGGACAAAGCAGAUGACAUAGUGGGGCCCAUCAGCUACGACGUGACUGAGUACACCGUUCAUAUUAAGUGGCUUGAGCCUAAUGCCCCCAACGGCAUGAUCAUCCUGUAUGAAGUCAACUAUAAGAGACUGGGAGACACAGAGGAGCAGCACCACUGUGUGUCCAGGAAGAUGUACCAGCAGUCGGAGGGCUGCAAGCUGAGAGUGGUGCAUCCUGGGAAUUAUACCGUGAGGAUCCGAGCCACCUCGCUGGCAGGAAACGGCUCUUGGACUGACCCCACACACUUCUACGUAGAAGACCUGCGGGUGGAUCCAUCCAACAUGUUGAAGAUUAUCAUUGGUUCAGUCAUUUUUAUUGUUUUGCUGAUACUGAUGACAGCGGGGGGAUUCGUCAUGUUCAAGAAGAAGCAAACCCAGGGCCCCUCUGGACCCCUCUACACAUCCUCCAACCCAGAGUACCUCAGUGCUGCUGACAUGUACGAGCCCGACGACUGGGAGGUGGGCAGAGAUAAGAUCAACAUCCUGCGUGAACUGGGUCAGGGCUCGUUCGGCAUGGUCUACGAGGGCAUCGCCAAGGACAUCGUGAAGGGCGAGCCGGAGACAAGCGUGGCGGUGAAGACGGUCAACGAGUCGGCCAGUCUGAGAGAGAGAAUAGAGUUCCUCAACGAGGCCUCCGUCAUGAAGGGCUUCACCUGCCACCAUGUGGUGCGUCUGAUGGGUGUGGUCUCUAAGGGCCAGCCCACUCUUGUUGUCAUGGAGCUGAUGACACACGGUGAUUUGAAGAGCUACCUGCGCUGCCUCCGCCCUGACUCUGAGAAUAACCCUACAGGGCGCCCGCCCCCCACUCUGAAGGAGAUGAUUCAGAUGGCAGCAGAGAUAGCAGAUGGCAUGGCCUACCUCAACGCCAAGAAGUUUGUCCACAGAGACCUGGCUGCUAGGAACUGCAUGGUGGCGCAGGACUUCACUGUUAAGAUAGGAGACUUUGGCAUGACCAGAGACAUCUAUGAGACGGACUACUACAGGAAGGGAGGGAAGGGUCUGCUUCCUGUCCGCUGGAUGGCUCCUGAGUCUCUGAAGGAUGGCGUGUUCACUGCAAACUCAGACUGCUGGUCAUUUGGUGUGGUGCUGUGGGAGGUCAGUACCCUAGCGGAGCAGCCGUACCAGGGCCUGUCCAACGAGCAGGUCCUGAAGUUCGUCAUGGACGGAGGAUUUCUGGACCGACCAGACAACUGUGCUGACCGGCUACACGACCUGAUGUCGAUGUGCUGGCAGUAUAACCCCAAGCUGCGUCCCAGCUUCCAGGAGAUCAUCGAAAUGCUCCACGAGGACCUUCACCAGUCCUUCCAGGAGGUCUCCUUCUACUACAGUCAGGAAAACAAGCCUCAGGAGCAGGAGGACUUUGACCUAGACAUGGACAACAUGGAAAGCAUUCCCCUGGACCCGUCCUCCUACUCUCAGAGAGGGGACCACAGUUCCUCGUACUCUCAGAGGGGAGACCACAGCUCGGAGAGGGACGAAGCGGGUUCGUCCCUGGGGUUGAGACAAAACAGCUACGAGGAACACGUCCCGUACACACACAUGAACGGGGGAAAGACGAACGGACGGAUACUAGCUCUGCCUCGGUCUAGUCCCUCCUAACAGAACACUAUAUGGAUAUCGUAUCCCUAUCUCCCCUUAAGCCCAACCUUUUCCCUCACACAGAUGCAUAGAUAUAAAUAUAUGAAUAUAUUUUUGUUUUGUUUUUUCAUUUUAUAUAGAUAAACACUUUUAUCACUGAGGCCCUCUCGAAGUGUACAUAUCUCAGGACGUUAAUGCUCUCUUGUAAAGAUGCCACAUCAAAUAGACUACGGUAUGUAUGUUAAUGUUCACACAGGAAACACACACACAACCACACAGACACUUUUUGUAUUUAAGAAAGAACCUCCCGUGCUUCUUUCUAGUCUUUGAUCCUUAAAAAAAUAUAUUUCCAAUCUUCCACAAAUGGGUGGCGGUUUGGGGGAAUCAACUGUGAAUCUAACUUUGGGACAACCAGAAGGCUGCUAAUCCGAGGACUCUCCAGACUGUCCCUUGCCCAGGCCGAGGCGCUCUCCCUUGGCAGGUCAGCCCUCACUGGGUCCCUGGGUCUCCCUGGGCCAUGGAGGUCCACCUGGGUCGCUCAAUGUAAAAGUGCCCUUCUCUUCUAUCUCUGGCUGUAGCCUGCAUCUUAUGUCAUGGAGCUGUGUCUCUGUAUCUUUGUCCUCUCAAGUCGUCAACGAACGACACACUUGAGAACUAACUUUUGGAUGGAUGAAUGUUUCAAAUCCAUUUUUAAAUCUUCAAACAAACUUUAUCGAUCCACUGGAGAAGCUUGUUGUCAAUUUUCUCCUCACACUCUGCAGUAUUCCAGCAUCACACAGAAAUAAUUAACAGAUUUUUGGGGUUAUAUAUUUUUAAUUUAUUUAUGUUUCAUUUUCUCUUUGAGUUUUCACAUUUACAACUGAAGGAUAUUUAAAAAACUGUUUCAGAAAGACAUUUUGACGAAAGAAACGAGUUCCUCAGAAGACAUAGCUGCUUCUUUUUAUAUAUUUUAGUGGGUAUAGAAAAUAUAAAUAUAUUAUUAAUAUUUUUUUUUUGUACAUAGUGGUUGACAUACAUUGUCUUUCAUGAGGUAUUUCCAGUCUGUAGAAAAAAAGGUUUUACAUGUUUGUCUCUUAUGUUUAUUUUUUUCUAAUCCAGAAUUCAUACUAAUAAUCAUUUGGACUUGUGAUAAACCAGCAGCAUUUGGUAUUUUCUCUUGGCUUGGCCUGUUGAUAUCAGAUCAAAUCAAACUGUCUGCUCUUCAUAAAUAAAGCAGCACGGUGCAACAUGACCACGCUCUUUUUCUGUCCACAUGCUUCUCUUACUGUUUACUUUGUUGUUGUUUACUAUGUCAUGGUGUCAUGUGUACAAAUCAUCUAAUAGGGUCGGUCUUUGCUGAAAUAAAAGAUCCCAGAAAUGUUC